AUGGCAAUAACAGGAGAAGAACAAGAGUGUUAUGCAAUAGGGAUCGACUUGGGAACAACCUACUCGUGUGUGGCAGUUUGGCGGAACAAUAAUGCAGAAAUCAUACCAAACGAUCAGGGCAACAGGACAACUCCAUCUUACGUUGCCUUCACUGAUAACGAGCGACUGGUAGGUGAUGCAGCACUUAACCAGGCCAUCAGAAAUCCCACUACCUCCAUAUUUGAUGCAAAGCGAUUAAUUGGUAGGAGAUUUAGUGAUGCCUCGGUUCAACACGAUGUUAAGUUAUUGCCAUUCAAGGUCAUCGAAGGGGCAGAUAAUAAGCCCAAGAUUCUGAUUAAACACAAUGGGCAGACGAAAAAGUUUGCUCCAGAAGAAAUCUCAUCCAUGAUUCUCGCAAAGAUGCGCGAGACUGCUGAAGCCUACCUUGGAUCCCAUGUAAAGAAUGCAGUUAUCACUGUGCCUGCUUACUUCAAUAACUCACAACGUCAGGCUACGAAGAAUGCUGGUCUUAUUGCAGGGUUAAACGUGAUGCGAAUUAUUAACGAACCAACAGCUGCAGCAAUUGCCCAUGGCCUUGACAAGAAGGCCAAGAGAAAUGUGAUGAUAUAUGAUUUGGGUGGAGGUACUUUAGAUGUGUCACUACUUACCCUAGGUGACGGUAUCUUUGACGUCAAGGCCACAGCUGGAGACACUCACCUUGGUGGUGAAGAUUUUGAUAACAAAAUGGUGAGUUAUUGUGUUGAGCAGUUCAAGAGGAAGCACAAAUUGGACGUUAGUGGAAACUCCCGAGCUCUUAUGAGGUUAAGAAGUUCUUGUGAGAAAGCAAAGAGGAGACUUUCAUUUACAUCUUCAAUUGACAUUGAAAUUGACUGUUUGGAUCAGGGCAUUGAUUUUAGCACAAAUCUUACCCGUGCAAAAUUUGAACAACUGAACAUGAAUUUCUUCAAAAAAUGUAUGGAUCCUGUACAUAAGUGUUUGAGCGAUGCUGGCAUGAGUGUGUACAGUGUGGAUGAUGUUGUUCUUGCUGGUGGCUCUUCUAGAAUUCCGAAGGUGCAAGAGCUAUUGCAGGAUGUGUUCAAUGGGAAGGAGUUGUGCAAGGGCAUAAAUCCAGAUGAGGCGAUUGCAUAUGGAGCAGCUGUUCAAGCUGCAGUCUUAAACGGGUGUGGAAAGCAAAAUGGGAAUAGGCUUCAAGAUGCAGUCUUAAAUGGGUGUGGCCGGAUACCAAAUGGGAAUAGGCUUCAAGACUUCACUCUCUUGGAUGUCACACCUCUCUCACUUGGCAUAGAGGUUUGUGAGUGUGAUCAUGAUGAUGAUCAUUAUUGUGCCGAAUGUACUCAUGAUCGGAUGUCCGUUUUGAUUCCAAGAAACACCAGAAUUCCCAUCAAGAUGAACGGGAACUUUACUACUAGGUAUGACAACCAACGUAGCGUGUUGUUCCCUGUAUAUGAAGGUGAGAGUAAGAAAACCUCAAAUAAUAACUUUUUGGGUGAAUUUGAGCUCUGCCAUAUUCCUCCAGCUCCCAAGUGUGUUCCUAAGCUUGAUGUUUGCUUUGAUAUUGAUGCCAACGGCAUUCUUAAUGUCUCUGCUGAAGACAAGUCCACUGGCAACAAGAAAGGGAUUACAAUAAACACUAAGACAAGAACCUCCGGGUGA